AUGGCAGAGCCACUCCCCAUCCCGCCACCCCUCAAGAUCCCCGAAAUCAGCCGCUUCAUCAACCGCGCAAACCAGCUCCGCGCCUUUAAGCCCGCCAUCGCAUACUGGUGCGAAUACCAUGCCGUCAACCAAAUCGUCGGAAAGGGCCUGCACAACACCGACGAUGACUGCUUCGCCUUCACAAAGGCGCUCCUCGAGCGCCUCGAGGCCACAAAGGCCGAGCGCCCAGACGACGACGCCAUCAUGGACAACACCGCGGGGCAGGCCUACGUCGAGCAGUUUGCGCAGGAGACGUUUGACCGCGCCGAGCGCACAAUGAGGGCCAACAAGGUGACGAGACAAACGGCAGACACGUUCGACGCCGCUGCAACCUUCUUCGACCUCACCCACGAAUGGGGCACCCCCGAGCCGGAAAUCCUCCAGAAGAUCAAGUUUGCAAAGUGGAACGCCGCGCGCAUCCUCAAGGCCAUCCGCGAGGGCAAAGAUCCCAACGAAUCGAACCCCAAGCCCCGCGAAGCAGAAGACGAAGAACCCGCCCUCGACCCUCUCGAUCCCGCCGUCCAGCAGCUUACGAGUCCACCACCGCCGCCGCCGCGGGCAGCCUCCGUUGAGGAAGUUCCUGAUGGAGGCGAGCCGUCGUCGCGUCAGGAGACCGCCUCAGAAGGAUAUUUCCCCCCACCGCCGCCGCCUCCUCCUCCUCAGCUGGCGGAACAGGAUACCGAACCGUUUGUGCCGUCGCCCAUGAGCACCAGUCCUCCCCCGCCAGCAGACUCCCAGCCUCCUCCUCAGCUGCCGCCACAAUUCACUUCCUUUGCGCCUCCUCCUCAGCCGCCUGAACCCGUCAAUCCCUCGAUUCCGCCCAGCUGGACAGCUCCCACAGUAACCGUCCCUCCGGCCGUCGCAUCGCCGACUCCCCUGUCAGCUCCCGUCUCGGCGCCCGUUCCGGCUCCCGUGGCGCCUCCGGCUACAAGCCUCGGCGGCGGCGGCGUCGGCGGCCACCCGUCCGUGGCAGACCAAAAGAGCAUUGCGCAGGCGCAGAAGCAUGCAAAGUGGGCCAUCUCGGCGCUGAAUUUCGACGACAUCCCGACGGCGGUGCAGGAGCUGCGGAAUGCCCUCGCUACGUUGGGGGCGCUGUGA